AUGCCCAUGCAUCAACUUUGGAUGGAGCUAGAAAAAGAUCUACUCAAUGGAUUUCAUCAAGACCAGUUUCCUGCACGGCUCUAUCGAGAAUCGGCGCCCAAACCGCGCAGUCCGGCUGGCCGAGGAACACACGUUCCGCGCUCGGCCAAAACUGUGUCCGUCCGUCUGAAGUCUCGGCCAAAGUCCAAAGCCGCUCGGCCGAUCACGCAUCACGACCCGGGAAACUUAAACCCGCGGUCGGCCACGCUACAACCGCCCACGCCACGCUGCGCACGACCAAAGCGCGCGAGCCGGGAAGUAACGCCUCGCGGCCGCGCAACUCGCCUCACGUACCGCGCACGAACGAUCAGUCCGACCCGGGGAACUAUGCCUCGCAUCCGGCCGAGGAUUUUCAUCGGCCAAAUCUCAAUCCGUCCGAACGCCGCGGUCGACCCGAAGCCGUUUUUGAAGCCCAAUCCGCACAACUCAAGCCCAAAGCCGGCGCUGUGA